CCAGUGGGCUGGUCGUAUAGGAAAGAAAUAUGUCGUAAACCAGAUUUGAAUCCCUCUGAUUGGGAGAGAGAGAGUAACAUGGGCGUUGACAAGGAGGAGAAAGAGGAGAGAGAAGCUGAAGAAGAAGAAGAAGACGAAGACAAAGACGCAGAGAUUUCCCUCUGAAUUCGCCAACGCUCAAUCUCCGAUAGGGUUUCUCUAUCCAUUAUUUAAUUCUGGUUUCGGGGGUUGGUGAAUUAGGGCAUCAUUUCCAUUGGGGAUUGAUUCUCUCUCUCUCUCUCUGUCUCUCCGGAAUUUAGAGAAUUUGAAUUUUCUUGAAUCCCAUUUCUAUACUCUAUCUAUGUUAUAUAGAGAUUGAGCUUAAAGAAAUGGCGUACAGAAGGAAGCAACAGCAGGGAUUUUCUAGGCCUUUAGCCACAAGCGUUGAUGAACAUAAUGGAAAUUAUUUGCAUCCACCGCCUUCUUCGGUUUUUGGUGAUGAUGGGUAUUCGUCUUCCUCAUCGUCCUCGUCUUCUCUUGCUGCAAAAGCAAUAAGAGCUUCUUCAGCCUAUCGAGACUCGUCUCUUUCCUCCGCUUAUGCUGGCGGUGGCGUUGGCCGUGGGAUAAAUUCCUCAACAACAACAACUUCAACUUCCUCUGCUUCACGAUAUCCCAAUCCUACUGUACCAACCUCUUCUUCCUCGUCCUUCCCGAAGGAAUCGAAGCCUUAUGAGUACACAUCAAUGAAAAAUUUAAACGAAUCCAAACAUAGCUUUUGGGGUGCUUUGGCGAGAAAAGCUAAAUCCAUUCUUGAUGAUGAUAAUGAACCUCAACAGUUAGAUUCACCUCGAAGAACGCACGCCCAAGUACCAACUACAGCUACAGCUAUGAGAGGGAGGUACCAUGGCACAGAGCAGACAAGAGAGAGCCUUCCAAAAACAGAAAAUCCAGCAUUGCAGAAGGGAUUAAAUGCACUCACGUCAUCCAUCAAUUAUAUUGGUGGCACCAUUGGGAAUGCCUUGGAGGAGGGAAUUACCAUUGUGGAGAACCGAACUGCUGGCAUUGUUCAAGAAACUCGUAACCAUAUAAGAAAAAAGUCAGGCACUUCUGCGGUGCAAAACCCAGCACAGAACUCGCAAUCCCAGACGCAAGCUGACUUAGAACUUCAAUUGAAGGCAUCUCGCGACGUUGCAAUGGCUAUGGCAGCGAAAGCAAAACUUCUUCUUCGAGAGUUGAAGACUGUUAAAGCUGAUUUUGCUUUUGCAAAGGAGCGAUGUGCUCAACUAGAGGAAGAAAAUAAAAUCCUGCGGGAGAAUUGUGAAAGGGGAGAUAACCCAGAAGAUGAUGACUUGAUACGCCUUCAACUCGAGUCUCUUCUGGCAGAGAAAGCAAGGUUGGCACAUGAAAACUCAAUUUAUGCACGCGAAAAUCGUUUUCUGAGGGAAGUUGUAGAGUACCAUCAACUUACUAUGCAGGAUGUUGUGUACUUGGACGAGGGUACUGAAGAAGUUACAGAAGUUUACCCCAUCAAGGUAAUUCCGGGUAAUGCCUCGCCAUCUCGAGAAAUCAGAGGGGUCUCCUAUAGAACCCAAUAAGGUUCUGGCUUGCUGGCUACUGUUGCCAUAGGAUAAUUGAAGAGAAAUUCAAAUGCUUCUUAUUGAAUGGCAAUUCCCAUAUAUUUUAUAUAAUAGUUUUGAGGAAAGUCUCCAACUGUGUCCACAUAUUGUUAAAUUCGCAUUUUUUUCUUUUAUGGUCAGUCAUUUCUAAAAAUUGGCUGAUUGUGUAAAAUAUAAAUCCCAUCAAGUCAUAAAAUUUAAUUCAUUUGACUCUGUUACUUAA